AAAACAAGUACCAAGAGCAUUUGUGAAGUGCAAAUAUAAGUCCCCUUCCUAAAAAGCCCUGCUGUCAAAGUACAAAUAGCCAGUCUGCACGUAUUAUCCAUACUGUAUGUAGUGUAGAACAGAAGAGUACAGCAACAGUUUCUUCCAAUCUUCCGUUCACGUUCUUACAAGACAAAGGCAAUAAUCAUUCCCACAACUAAACACUGCCUUACCAUAAUUUCUGCUUAGCCUAAACAAAUGUCUUCUUUUCAUGUCUGCUAAUUGCUUUUUUGUACAUCCGGUUUUUAAGUUUCUAACUUUUGAUUAGUGCCCAUUUUAAUCCCCUUUUUGUUAAUCGUUUUUUUUUGGCCAAAAAAGGGAGCUCAUCAGCAGAUCACACACCACUUAUCACCAAGCUUUCAACCUUAGAUUAGUUAACUCAACUCGUGAAAAGAAAAACGUAGUAGUAAUAAGUUUCUUCAAAAGAGCUUCUUGCUUUCUAUUUGGGCUAAAUGUACAAUGUACAAUCUUUAGCCUUAAACCCUCAUAUUCCAAAGUUAAAUCCCACUUCACUGAAGUGGGUUUUUUUGGAAAAAAAAACUAAGGGCCAGCAAUCAAAAACAUUCUGGGUAGUUUAUUGCUGAAUUUUUCAUUUUUUCCCUUUUAUCUGAUGAAAAUUGUUAGCCACUGAGUCAAAAUUAAGUCUUUUUAAGAGUUGGGAGCUAGGAUGAUUCAGUUAUUGUUUUUGGUUCUCUUUGCUGAGGGCGUUGUGGCAUUCCUUCUAUUGGUAAAGAUUGGGCCUCUGAGAGAGCUCGCCAUAAAGAGUUUAGAUCAGUUGAAGAUAGGGAAAGGUCCGGCUACUAUGAAAACCAUUGCUGGUACCAUGUCUGUGAUUCUUUUAUCAAGUCUCAUGAGCAUUGUCAAGAUCCAGAACAAGGGUGCAAAGCUUGGUACCAUGUCUCCCAUGGAUCAGGUUCUCUGGAGAACCCACUUGCUUGAGGCUUCACUCAUAGGUUUUACCCUAUCUCUUGGAUUCAUAAUUGAGCGUAUGCACCAUUAUCGUAGAAAACUUAUUGGGUUGAGGAGUAGUGUGAGAUCUUCAAAAGAAGAAGUCCAACGCCUUCAGAAAGAGAGAAUGCAGCUUAAAGAGAAGGAUGACAAAGCUUCCAGGGAGAUAAAGCUACUGAAAGAAGAAAUUUCUACUCUAUCAGAGAAUUUGAAGAAGCUAAAGUUAGAAUCUGAAGAGAAAGACCAAAAGAUUGACACUGCUGAAACACAUGUUGCUUCCCUCCAGAAACAGUCUGCAGAUUUACUACUUGAGUACGAUCGCUUAUUGGAAGAUAACCAAAAUCUUCAGAAUCAGGGUCUAGGAUAUAAGAGUUGAGGAAAUUUUGAAGGACUGAAGAAAUUUGUGUUUCGGGUACCGAUUGGUGUUUCUUUCUCAAGGAGGUAAAAGGGGUCUGUGGCUUUGCCUGUGCACUCUUGAAAAUCUUCAGAAUCAGGGUCUAGGAUACAAGAUUCUCUUGAAUCUAGAAAAUUUUUUUGUCUUUUUUUUUUUUCUCCACCUUCUGAAAUCAGAGGAACAUAAUUAAAUCAGAAACCAUGCAGUGACUUGUUAGAAUACAACAUGCCAACAAAGAAAAGCCACCGAAGGAACAAUCAUCAAUAUUAUUAUUAUUACUAUUAUGUCAACUAUUAAGCAUAUGACAAGUUCAGUGGCAAUUUAGUGCCGAGGUGUUCUUUUGAGAUCGUCACUCCUUGGUUCCAAAGACUUAUUCUGCAGUGACCUUUUGUUGAAAGUGUCCGCACCACACUGAGCCAAAAUUGCACGUACAAUUAGCAUCACAACCAGGAUAGCAUUUGCCAAGGCAAUCCUUGUUAGUAUGGCUCAUUGGAGCAAAUUGUUCUAGCCUCAGAAUCCUCCAUCAACCAUGCUAUAGCCACCAAAUUAGCGUUACUCAUCUAAUCAGUUACUCUAAACACAUGCUAUAGUGUUUCUGAAAUAUAAAAAAAUGAUGUAAAAAGAGGCUUGCCUAUACUUCCUGUUAAAUUGGGAUAGGAUGGAGUACUUGCAUGUACUUUAAAUGGAAGAAGAGGAACAUAAUUUAUUACAAGGAAAACACAUGCUGACGCUCUUCACUGCAUCAUGGGAGUUGCCAGAUAAAGGCAUUUUUACAGUUGGUAUUGAAGGAUCUGCUUCAUAGACCCCGAAACAAUCCUGUCUACAGCCUUUGUGAUAAAACUUGGUUAAAAUGGUUAUUCUCACCCAUCUUAAGGUUUCUCAUGAUCAGCAGCCUGGAUGCUAACCCUGAAUUUCAGAGGCCAAAAGCAACAGGAAGAAGACCUUCACUUUAUCCAAUGCAGAUGCUAUAGAUUCAUAUUCAUGGUGGCUUUUAACUCCUUUAAGGAAAGCAUGGAGCUUCCCAUUCACAUGCAGUACACCAUAGCCAGGUACUUUCUUCAUUUCCUAUCCCAGUUCCAAGUCCAUCAAGCUAACACACGCCUUAAUAGCAAAAGCAGAAGUUACAACUUUAUCUUCCCAUCUAGGGGUAAAAAAAUAAAAUAGAAACUGUAUAUUCGCUUGGUUCAUAACACCGUUGCU